UCUUUCCCGUUCAAAGGUGUGCCACAAAUGCCAGGAGAGGACGUUGAAGCCCAUUCAUGAUGACGAAAAUAAAGAACUGCACUCCAUCUUGGCCUGCAACGAGGUACAUGGCAAGACGGUGUGGAACCGCGACGUCGUCGCCAGUAAGAACAUUCAUCAAAUUGCCGCCAGCAUCGCGUCCGGCGAGGGGCGGCCCGAAAUAUUUCAGUUUGCGUCGUAGUAAAGACGACUGCUGUUUACG